CUCACUCAUACACACAUUAAUAACAGCAGGCUUCUCACGUUUCUUUGCACAAGCACAUAUAAAUGCUCCCUCCACACCUCUGUAACUAGUAUACCAAAUGACACCCAAGGAAACGUUGGAACUUCUCCCAACACAACAGAUGGCACUGUUGAGGUCAUGCACUCUGUUCAUCCUGCUGGUGCUGCAGCACUGCCUUCCCACUGCCCAUGCUGAGAAGGUUCCAGAACACACCAGCUACUGUUAUCCAGGUGUACCUGGGACUCCUGGCCACAACGGUCUGCCUGGGAGAGAUGGGAAAGAGGGCGUGGCCGGCCAGAAGGGGGAGAAGGGUGACAGAGGCAUGAUGGGUGCACAGGGGCCUCCUGGAAAGUUUGGUCCAGCAGGCCCAGCGGGUCCAGCAGGUCCAGUGGGUGCACCAGGCCCAGUUGGUCCAACGGGUCCCAAGGGUUUGAUGGGUCCAGUGGGCCCAAGUGGACCGAAGGGGGAGAAGGGAGAACGUGGCCCUGCAGGACCCCUGCCUGCCAUAAACCUGGUGGAACUGCAGUCAGAGCUUCAGACACUGACCGAAGUUUUCAAAAAAAUAACACAGUUCCACUUCACAAGGGUUGGAAAGAAAUUAUUUGUGUCAGAUAAGAAGUUGGGGAAGUUUGAUGAAGCUGUUAAAUUGUGCAGCUCUGUCGGUGGGGUUCCUGCCCUGCCGACCAACCUGGAGGAAAACCAAGCGCUUUCCGGAUUUCUGUCUGGCUCCGGGAGCGCCUGGCUCAGCGCAAACGACAGGAAAACCGAGGGCAAAUUUGUGGACUUACAGGAGAAAGAAUUCCGGUUCAGUAGCUGGAAAGAUUCAGAACCAAACGACUACAAUGGACAAGAGGACUGUGCUGUCAUACACCCUGAUGGCAAAUGGAAUGAUGUCCCAUGUGAAGCAAACAAUCGUAUUGUUUGUGAGAUUUAAAGGGAAGGGAAAAUUCAUUUAAUACUCAUAUUUGUAUUUGCAUCUAGAUGUGUGUGUGUGUGUGUAAGUGUGAUAUCCAAUCAUACCAGCCUUUAGCUGACAGGGCAGCCAUAUUGGUUGGAACAAUACUCAGAAGUUUGCUUCAUAAAUAUAUUGGUGUAUAACCAUAUAAGCCAAUUAACCAUAGGAAAUGUGUUAUCUGUAGGGCCAACAGUUUGUUUCCACCAUGUGAACUGCAGGGAUUUGAACUUGUAUUUCAAUGGUUAUCCUCCAGGGGUCCCCAUAGCACUCCAACAUCACCGUAAAGCGACUAAUUGUGCAAUUGUGUUUCUAAAUGAGACAUUUAUAAAAACAAUUUGUUGAUCUAAUACUGCGGCUCUCCAGGACCAGGACUGAGUAUCACUGCAGUGAUGAGAAAAUUCACCCAAAUGAAGCAGUGGAGUCCAAUAUUAUCCUAAAAGAGUUGGUGUGGGUGCAGGUUUUUAACCCAACACUAAAGCUUUUCCACCGCAUGGUAACGGCUCGACUCGACUCGACUCUACUCUACUCACUUUUGGUACCAGGUACUUUGUUUUCCACUGCAGAUAGUACCCCCGUCAAUGUAGCUGGUCGUCAUAGCGAUGCCCCAUGAAACUCCCGUGACGUCAUCUUCAAUGCGACACACACAGGAAGAAUGGAGGAUAACGAAGGGAUGGUGUUCUUGAUUCUCGGUAUGUGGCUGUUUGUCACAGCAAGGAGACAAAUUUUGUUUCGGAAGAGGCUGAAGGCAGCAAGACAAAAGACUGCUGGAAAAAAAACAGGAGAGUUUGGAAAAUCCUAAAUCAGAGCUCAGACGACGAGACGACUCUGGCUGCUCAAAGACGACGCAAGAGGAUUAGUGACGAUUCUCUCUGACCAAUCAGUGGUCUGCAGUGUUUCAUGUCACCUUUUGGUAUCGCCUCAGCUCGCUUGGAACCUCGACGGAGGUGAUACCAAAAAAAAGUACCAGGUACCAGAUACUAUCCACAACUUUUGCACGAUGGAAAAGCGAAAAAGUCGAGUAGAGUUGAUUCGAGUUGAGCCGGUACCAUGUGGUGGAAAAGCGGCUAAAGAUACCUGAUUCUACUCAGAGUCUUGAUUGAGGACCAUGAUUAGUUUAUUAGUUGAAUCAUUAAUUCAUUUUUUAUUACCCUUUUUGUGCAAGUUAAAUGUUAUAUAAUUGCUCUCAUUUUUAAUGUUGGCAUU